UAAUGUCAACAUCAAGAUUAGCAAUUCGAUUAUAUACUUAUAGAGGUUAUUCUGCUCCAUGGAGAGUAAGCAUUAUGCUAAAAUUGAAACAACUUCAAUUCUAACCAUUUUUUGUAAAUUUACCUAAAGCUGAGUAAUUAUCAAAUAUGUAUUCUUAAAUCAAUCCACUUUAAGUAAUUAUAAUAAUUUCUAUCUAUUUAUAGAUUGUUCCUACAUUAGAAAUUAAUGGAUAAUUAUUACAUGAGAGUAUGGCAAUUGCAGAAUACCUAGAAGAAGAAUUUCCAAGAAAUAAAUUAUUACCCAAAUCUCCUUUAGAAAAAGCUAUUGUUAGGUAAUUCAUAAUAUAUCUUUAGAUCUAUGUGUGAAACUGUAAAUAGUGGCAUUCAUCCAUAUCAUGCAUCUAGAUUUUAUAAAUAUGUUCACAAUUAUGUGAGUGAUAUAAAUAGAUAAGAAAUUUCAGAACCUUUCUUAGAAAGAGGAUUUACAGGUUUAUAUUAAAUAUCAUUUAUUAUAGCAUUAAAUACUUUAGUAGAAAAACAUGGAGGGGAUUAUGCUUUUGGGAACCAAGUGACAAUAGCUGAUGCAUUCUUGUAUCCAGCAUUUAGAGGAGAUGAUGUAUCAUAUUUAGUCAAUUUGGAUAAAUAUCCAGCCCUUAAAAAAGUUGUUGAGAAUUUGGAUCAACUACCAGAAUUUGCAUAUGAACAUCCAGAUUCUCAAGGAUGACAUUAUUAAUAUGAAU